ACACUCGCUUCAACGUUGCCAUAAGUAGUGUUGCCACCAGCCUCCGUCCACCGCAUUGUUUGCCAAAACAAGCCGAUCUGACUUUGAAAAUACGUGGCCAAGGCGGUAAACAUGGCCAAAGGCGAAAUGCCAACUGUUGAUUUCGCACCCUACUGGCCUCGGAAUGCUCCCCCGUUCUUCGUUGACCAUUCCACUCCUCAGUGUCCUCGCACGUUCAUUGCUCUCUACUUUUCGACCAAGAAGCUCCGUGGCGAUCCCGCCGCGCACCCAGCUAUGAAUCCUUUCGUUUCGCUGCCCGUGGGCCCGGCGCCGAGGGACAAGACUCCCGAGCGCAAACUCCGAGACAUUGCGCUCUGCAUGGCUAACUCGACGCCUACCCAGCCGAGCGCGCACAGUGCGAUCAGCAGGGGGGAAGACGGCAUUAAGUGGCAGAGGCACGAGGACUGGGUAAAACAGCAUUUUCGCGACAAAAUCGUGUGGAACUUCGACCCAGCGAAGUUCAUACAGGCUGUCUGGAAGUUCGGGCCCGAGGACGUACCGCCGAAGCGUUUUACCAACGCGGGCAAACGUAACGAAAGCUCCGCGUCGCCCUCCGUCGACAAAGCGUUCUCGAAAUGUUACAUACUGAAGCGGUCGGAGAGGGACUGUUACGAGCCGCUGGCGGAGAUAGCUAACGGACUGCUGACACAAAUGUACGGCCCGAAGGGCCAUCGGCAGCGCGUACGUCGCGCGUACCCGGCACAAUUCAAGAAGCGCGACACAAAGUACGAAGGGGGCUACACGGGCGAGAAGGUCGAUAUGAGCUUCAGCACGGUGGAUUUGACGCGCGGAAAGUGGCCGCGAUGGGACUUCGAGGCCGCUUUCUUGGAGGUCAAGAAGACGAAGGUUGGCGUUCUACCGAAUCGCACGCAGCUGCAUCAGCAGGUCGAUACGGACACGGGUCGUGCCGCGGAGAAAGGAAAACGCAAACGAACGGCGGCAGAGGAGAGGACCGAAUUGCCGCAGGCGAAGCGACCGCGUACGCCGACCGAUGACUCGGAGAGAGUCCAGGACGGCCCCGCCGCCGACCACACACAGGCAAAGACAGAUGAGGACGACCCCGUGCGGCCCCAGGAGUUCGACCUAACGCAUAACGAGGCGCAAGCGGUGCGAUACAUGAAUCAGAUGAUGUCGUCCAACGUGCGGUCGUUCGGGAUCGGCUGGCUGGUCGAGGAUGACAACAUGCGCCUGUACUACGGCGAUCGCAUGGGCAUCGUAGUGACGAAGAAGUUCAAGUUCCUUCACGAUGACUUUGAACUCUUCCUGAGGUGCAUCGCGGCUAUGGGCCAGGCGAGCGUGCACGGUAUGGGAAUUUUCCGUGAUCUGCAUUUCCAGGAGAACGAGGAAACGGAGACGGGGUUCGAGCAGUACAAGGGCUCUCAGCUGUGUAUAACGGCGCUGCGGCCUGAUACCCCCGAUGCCAAGCCCAAGCUGUUCGAGUUCGACGUUGACGUUGACGGCGAGGCGAAGCGGAUCUACACAGAGUUUGGAGUGCUGGGUCGGGGCACAAGCGUCAUCCCGAUCAAAGCGACGCCGGGCAUGCUCGCGUACAAGCACUUCAAGACCGAAGACCUCGUAGCGAAGAUUUCCUGGCCACAUGCUCUGCGCAAGGCGGAGGACUCCCUCAUUACCGCCGUGCGUACGAAGCUGGACCAGACGAAGCGGCAGUACCUACCGCACAUCGUGGAGCUGAAGUGCUCCGUAACGCGUACGAUCGAGGAGAUGAAGCUGCCUCGGGCUGCGAUGGGCCUUGACCGUGAUGAGGCUGACGAGCGCGUAUGCCGGGUGCUGGUAAUGCAGUCCUACCAACGGCUCGAGGUGGUCGAGUCCGUUGACGAUUUCAAGAAGGUGUACGUCGACGUCGUGCGAGCUCACUACUGGGUAUGGACGACGUCACGCAUUCUGCAUCGUGACAUCAGCACGAACAACAUCAUGUGGUUCCGCAAGGACGGCAGGCUGUAUGGUGUUCUCUGCGACUGGGAUCUCGCGGAGGAGAACGGUGGCAUUCCAUCGACGCGCGCUGGCGAAUAUUUUGGCGCCGAAGAACCAUCUGCAUCCAACACAGCGGCUGACGGCACUGCACCGAAGGCCGACGCAGGGGAAGCCACAUCGAGCGAACCCCCGAAGAAACCAAGGUACCGCACGGGCACGGGUCCGUUUAUGGCCCUGGACCUCCUGCGCAAAGGUCCGCCGCCGUUCCAUUUGUAUCGCCACGACCUCGAAUCUUUCUUCUAUGUCCUCGCCUACGUCUACGCGGUAUGGGAUCCAGACAAUAAAACGUUCGGUCACUUGGCUGCCUGGGAACGCGAGUCGUUGGCGGACAUUCGGUCGGCCAAGGCGGAGUUCAUGAAGUAUAUUCCCGCUUACGACGAUGUGUUCAAAAACGCGCAUCCAUUGCUCAAGGCUCUCACCGUCCGUACUCCCGAGCCUUCCUGGGUUUCGCGCCUCUGCUCGGCAUUUACAGGCGUGCAAAUGCGCACCGACGUGAUCGACGCCUUGCGCUCGAUGGCAGAAGGUGAUGGCCGUGAUGUCAAUAAGGCCGAGAUCAAGAUGCACGAGGAGCGUCGCGAGACGGAGAUCACGUACGGGAAAUUCAUGGGGAUCUUGGGAGCACCUCUUGACAUUGAAGAUGGUGUUGCGGCUUAGAGUCUGAUGUCCUCGACCUUAUUCUUUUCUUUGUGUGUUGUAGCCAAUCUUUCCUGAAGCAGUAUGUAGUCGAACAUCGAGAGUGAUCGGAGUCUGAUGCAUACACACAUUGUAUCAAUCUU